UACAAACUAGAGAACUACUCAAAGCUUUCCUUGCUUUCAUAACCCAAUAACAAUUGCAAUAUUUGCCAUCUUAAAUAAAAGAUCAUGGCUAUCCGUAUGCCUCGUAUAAUCAAGAAGUCUUCUACAGCUGGAGAUGUUCCAAAGGGCCAUUUUGCUGUUUAUGUUGGGCAGAAGCAAAAGAAGAGAUUUGUGAUUCCGUUAUCAUUCUUGAGCCAACCUUCAUUUCAAGACUUGCUUAGUCAAGCUGAAGAAGAAUUUGGCUUUGAUCAUCCAAUGGGUGGUGUCACAAUUCCCUGCACAGAGGACAUCUUCAUUGGCAUAACUUCCCAGUUUAGGAUUUAAGUUUAUUGGUUGAGAUCAUUUUUCCUUUUUAAAUCUCACAAUUUUGUACAUCAAAGUAGGAUAUCCAUCUUGUAUAGUUGGUUAAUUAGAAGCUAUGUAAAGCUUAGCACCACAAAGAUUGGCGCUUUUUGACUCGAAAGACUAAUUUAAAUAAUACAGAUACUACAUUCUUUUC